GUCUUCCGUACAAAUAGUUCCCGAAGUGGGCUUUGCGGGAAAUAUUCGCGCGUUCUUUCCUAAGGGUCCACACGGGGAGAGCUUUGUGCUGCUGUGGAACCAGAACAAGACCCCGAGCAGAGUAUAACUGUGUUGCCGCAGCCCUGCUGUUUUUCCUGGGAGAAACCAAUACAUCAACUGCAGCACAAUGCAUGUCGUUAAACGAGAUGGACGCCAAGAGCGUGUCAUGUUUGACAAAAUCACCUCUCGUAUCCAGAAGCUCUGCUAUGGCCUGAACUCUGACUUCGUGGAUCCGGCCCAGAUCACCAUGAAGGUGAUCCAGGGUCUGUACAAUGGAGUGACCACAGUUGAGCUGGACACACUGGCCGCAGAGAUCACUGCCACCCUCACAACCAAACACCCCGACUAUGCCAUCCUGGCUGCACGCAUCGCUGUCUCCAACCUGCACAAGGAGACCAAGAAGGUGUUCAAUGAAGUGAUGGAAGACCUGUACAACUAUGUCAACCCCCUGAACAAACGUCACUCCCCCAUGAUCUCCAAGGAGACUCUGGACAUAAUUCUGGAGAACAAAGACCGCCUGAACUCGGCCAUCAUUUACGACAGAGACUUCUCCUACAACUUCUUUGGCUUCAAGACUCUGGAGAGGUCCUACCUGCUGAAGAUCAACGGCAAAGUGGCAGAGCGUCCCCAGCACAUGCUCAUGCGGGUGUCUGUUGGUAUCCACAAGAAUGAUAUCGACGCCGCCAUCAAUACCUACAACCUGCUGUCAGAGAAGUGGUUCACCCACGCGUCACCCACGCUCUUCAACGCAGGAACCAACCGGCCCCAGCUGUCCAGCUGCUUCCUGCUGGCCAUGAAGGACGACAGCAUCGAAGGCAUCUAUGACACGCUGAAGAACUGCGCCCUCAUCUCCAAGUCGGCCGGCGGCAUCGGUGUGGCCGUUAGCUGCAUCAGAUCCACUGGGAGCUACAUCGCUGGGACCAACGGAAACUCAAACGGCCUGGUGCCCAUGCUGAGAGUGUAUAACAACACAGCGCGCUACGUGGAUCAGGGUGGCAACAAGCGUCCUGGAGCCUUUGCCAUUUACUUGGAGCCCUGGCAUUAUGACGUCUUUGACUUCCUGGAUCUUAAGAAGAACACAGGGAAGGAGGAGCAGAGAGCGCGAGAUCUCUUCUACGCCAUGUGGAUCCCUGACCUGUUCAUGAAGAGGGUGGAAAGCAACCAGGACUGGUCACUCAUGUGUCCCAGUGAGUGUCCCGGUCUGGACGAGUGCUGGGGGGAGAAGUUCGAGGAGCUCUACACUAGGUAUGAGAAGGAAGGGAGGGUGAAGCGCGUGGUGAAGGCUCAACAGCUGUGGCACGCCAUAAUUGAGUCGCAGACAGAAACCGGUACGCCCUACAUGCUCUACAAAGACGCCUGCAACAGGAAGAGCAACCAGCAGAACCUGGGCACCAUCAAGUGCAGCAACCUGUGCACAGAAAUCGUGGAGUACACCAGCACAGACGAGGUGGCCGUUUGUAAUCUGGCGUCCAUCGCUCUCAACAUGUACGUCACCCCAGAGCGGACUUAUGACUUCAACAAACUGACACAGGUGACCAAGGUGAUCGUCAGAAAUCUGAACAAGAUCAUAGACAUCAACUACUAUCCUGUGCCCGAGGCUGAAAACUCCAACAAGCGCCACAGGCCAAUAGGAAUUGGUGUCCAGGGUCUGGCAGACGCCUUCAUCCUGAUGCGUUUCCCUUUUGAAAGCCCUGAAGCUCAGCUGCUCAACAUCCAAAUCUUCGAGACCAUCUACUACGCCGCCCUAGAGGCCAGCUGCGAGCUGGCUGCAGAGUUGGGCCCCUAUGAGACGUACGAAGGGUCUCCAGUCAGCAAGGGCAUCCUUCAGUACGACAUGUGGGAGAAGACGCCCACAGACCUGUGGGACUGGGCCCUGCUGAAGGAGAAGAUCUCCAAACAUGGAGUCAGGAACAGUCUGCUGAUGGCCCCCAUGCCCACAGCCUCCACCGCCCAGAUCCUGGGCAACAACGAGUCCAUCGAGCCCUACACCAGCAACAUCUACACCCGCAGAGUUCUGUCUGGAGAGUUCCAGAUCGUGAACCCUCAUCUGCUCAAAGACCUGACGGAGAGAGGACUGUGGAGCGAGGAAAUGAAGAAUCAGCUGAUCGCCCACAAUGGAUCCAUCCAGAACAUCAGCGAGAUCCCAGACGAUCUGAAGCAGCUCUACAAAACCGUGUGGGAAAUCUCCCAGAAGACGAUUCUCAAGAUGGCCGCCGACCGCGGCGCCUACAUCGACCAGAGCCAGUCCCUGAACAUCCACAUUGCAGAGCCCAAUUAUGGCAAACUGUCCAGCAUGCACUUCUACGGCUGGAAACAGGGUCUGAAGACAGGGAUGUACUAUCUGAGGACGAAACCUGCCGCAAACCCCAUCCAGUUCACCCUCAACAAGGAGAAGCUGAAGGAGACCCAGUCGACCAAAGGCACAGAGCAGGAGGUGAAGGAGAGGAACACCGCAGCCAUGGUGUGUUCUCUGGAGAACAGAGAAGACUGCCUCAUGUGUGGAUCCUAGGAUGGUCCGUGCGUUUGAUCGUCACACUGCAGUUGCUCCCACUUCAUUUGUGUGGAUGGGAGAAAUGUAUAGAAUAAUAAAUAUGACAUUGUCUGUGUUCAAUGUGUGAAGCACUUGCUAUGAUAAGCAUUUGUUAGGAAUAAACUAUUUUGACAAAUA